GUUAGAACGGCCGUUGUUGAUAAUAAAACAUAUUAAUUAAGUUACAGUUGAAUUAAUAAUAAAAUGCAUUUACUUAAAGUAGCUAAUUAAUUGUUGAUAAAACUUAUUUACUUAGACUUUCACUAAUAGUAAAAGAAAGAUUGCAAAUGAAACGUGAAAUGUAGAAAUUGUGAACGAGGCACUAAAGUUUGGUAAUGACCUGCCGUCGUUCGUAGUUGGUACCGGAAUGAUGAAAGAUGGAAAAAAUUUCAACCUCCCAUCAAUCCAUCAUCAUCUUCGACGUAAUUAUAUCUUAUCCUUGCACAUUGAUUAUUUGAAAUUUGUCACCAUAUACACACAGUUAUACACACCCAUAUAUGUAGAUCUCUCUCUCUCUCUCUCUCUCUCUCUCUCUCUCUCUCUCAUACACACACACACGGUGGUUUGAGCUGUUGUUUUCUGAGAGAUAUUAAGGUCGAAGGUCGUUGUCAAGAUGGAAGCAAGUCUCCUGCUCACAUUCCAACAUACCCCACCCUACUGGGACCCGAUUUUUUCCAACAUAAACAACAAUUAUUGUUUUUAAUUAUGUGGUGUGUUGUUGUUGUUGUGCUUAGGUGGUUUGUUGUUUUCGAAUUAGAGAGCGACCCUACUGGGAUCUCUUGUAUUCUUGUAACUUUUUAACUCUCUUUCUAGCAAGUGAAACUGUACUCAAAGAACCCAUAUAUCAAAGCCAGUCGUUGUCUACGGGUAUGAACGAAAAUACUUGGUCUAAGAAGGUGGUUGAGAUGGCCAUUUUCCCAUAACUUUUCAUGGAUUCCUUUUUGAACCCUUUUGUCCAUGUAUAAAUCCAAGUCCUUACAACCAAACUUACGCACAUAUCAUAUGCUCCUUGAAGUUCGUCAAUCACAUAUCUAUGUCAAAAGAAGAAAUGGAUUUAUCUGUGAACGUCAAUGGUCAGUCGAAAGUGCCUCCCGGGUUUCGGUUCCACCCUACAGAAGAAGAACUUCUUCAUUACUACCUGAGGAAGAAAGUUGCUUAUGAAAAGAUUGAUCUUGAUGUUAUUCGAGAGGUUGAUCUUAAUAAGCUUGAACCCUGGGACAUCCAAGACAAGUGCAAUAUAGGCUCCACCCCCCAAAAUGAUUGGUACUUUUUUAGUCACAAAGACAAGAAAUAUCCGACAGGGACCCGAACAAAUCGUGCCACUGCAGCUGGUUUCUGGAAAGCCACCGGACGAGAUAAAGUCGUACACAGUAGCCUUAGAAGAAUCGGCAUGAGGAAGACACUUGUGUUUUACAAAGGGAGAGCUCCUCAUGGCCAGAAAUCUGAUUAUAUUAUGCAUGAAUACAGGCUUGACGACAAUAUCAUUACUACGCAAGAUUCCAGCGCUUCAAACAUGUCUGAUUAUACUCACGAAGAAGGGUGGGUGGUAUGCCGUGUCUUCAAGAAGAAAAAUUACCAUAAAUCCCUCGAGAGCCCUCACAGAUCGUUACCUGACUCUAUGGAUACCAGAGCACAGUUACAACUGUUAAACAAAGAUGACGUUCUUGAGCAAUUACUUGUGUACAUGGACAGUAGGUCUUGCAAACAAGAAAUCGAAAACUUCACCACCACCCAAUUCGUGAAUCCCAUGUUCCUCCACCUCCCUAGGCUCGCUAGUUCCACCCAGCUAACCACAUCCCCUCCUGAAAGCUCAGCCACCUUCGAUCAAGGAUCGAGUCUCAAGACCUAUGAUUCCAUGAGCGACUUACUAGCGGAAGCGGAACAUUCAAGGAACAUUCAUACUAAAAUGAUGGAGGAUCAUGAGUGUAUCAGUAACUGGGCGGAUCUUGACAAGUUUGUGGCUUCCCAGCUCAAUGGUCAAAUGGAGGAAUCAAAACAGUUGUAUUCUUGCUAUGGAUCAGAAUCCAAUGAUGAGAAGUUGGAUUUUUCGGUUGAUAAGGAUGAACAGGAUGUAUCAGCUAGGCGGAACGUAGCAUCAUGCAACAGCGAGCUAGAUAUUUGGAGCUUAACCCGACCGUCGUCGCUGGAUCCGCUAUGCCACUUGUCAAUAUAACUUAUAUAUAAAGAUGCAAAAUAAACGUAUAGUACAAUGCAUAUUAAGUUGUCAGAAUUGAAGUCAAGUGAUAGAAUAAAGUGAUGGACACAUAGGAAUAGCAUCAAGAACGCAACAUGGGAACAUUACCUUGACUACAGAAAGCUAUAGAAGGAAUGAAUCAUAAUGGUGAUAGUGAGAUAUGGAUUUAGUGGUGAUGGAUGAUUAUCAUGUACCCAUAUACUAAUUAAAUACGUUUUCUAUUUGUAUUGCAACAUUUUCAUUUAGGAUACAUGACUUGCUUCAUAUUCAAUAGAUUAAAUCCAGUUA